AUGAAUCCAUCUUCUCCAACACGCUCUACACAGAGCUCCCCAACUCAACAUCCACAAUCAAGCACCCUCAGCCAUCGGCCAAGCCCGCGCCAGCCCCAGAAACCAGGCACACCACCCAACAACUCCGCAAACGCCCCGAUCCCAGAUGACGACCAUGGCGCCGAUCUACCUAUGAAUAUGUCUGCAUCGGUCAUGCUGACCAACCUACCCCGUGAUGCGCACCAGGCACUUGCGGAUGUGGAGAGCAUUGAUUCGGGGAAAGUUACGGUUCGCUUUCAGCCUCUCCCAUCAGCGCCGAUUCUGAAAAACCGGGUAUUCAAGGUUAGCGCUUCGCAGAAAUUCGAAACGGUUGUCAAGUUCCUGCGCAAGAAACUUGACUGUAAAGAGACCGAUUCUGUCUUUUGUUAUGUCAAUAGUGUGUUUGCACCCGGGUUAGAUGAAGGGAUGGGCGGACUAUGGAGGUGUUUCAAAACGGACGAUCAAUUGAUCGUCGCUUAUUCAAUGACGCCAGCAUUCGGCUGA